AUGGCCUUGAGCGUUGAACUUCUGGAAAAAGAUGUGGAGAAAUUCGUUUUAGAACUAGAAAACCAGUCAAGACCUUCCAUUCAAAAUUUUCUUCAAGAACUUUGGAAAACGGAAUACACAUUGGAUCGACUUACUGGUCUUGAGAGCGUUUUAUACGAGCUUGCAAGAAGCGAAGAAGUACUUGAGGCGUGUGAAGAUGUUGUUACUUACCUCUGGGAAAAUUCAGUUACUACUCAAUACCUUGAAUCGGUGGCUACAUUUCUUCUACAAUGUAUUGACUUGAUGGAACCAUGGAAACGAGAGAGAAUUGCAUUUCAUAUUAUUCAGUUGAUGCGAGAUCAGUGCACAGAGAAGCAAAUUAUUUUCGAAGUUUUUGCCACCCUUCUUAGCAGACUGGAAGAAUCAAAAGACCUUUCAACCUCAAUUGUUGAAAGGCUUUGUGCAAAUGCAUGCCACUCUUCCAAUUUGUUCCCCCUCCUUUCGUCUAUUGUGAAUCAGCAUUUCCCGUUGUCAUCCUUGGUUGCCAUUGUAAGGAAAGCAUUUGAGUGUAUUAAGGACAAAGACUUGCUGUUGGAAAAUCAGGCUGUAUCAAUAUGUACUCUGUUUAGAAUUAAGGAGGUGUAUAUUAAUGGUAUGGCCGUAACCAAAUUAAAUAGUCUUAUUGAAAAUAUGCGACAGAGCUCUUUUGAUGUAGGUACAGAGUUUUUUCAAAGGACUCUCUCUCAAUUCAUUUCCAUUUUGAGGAAACAUGAUUACAUUGCUGAUCAAAUAGCUAAAAGUCUAAAGAUAGUGAAAAAUCUCUGCAAUGCAACCGUUUACACAUACACCAGCAAUGACCGAAUUUCUGGCUCCGCGUUUCUUCGAAAAGUCUGCCUACCGCUUCCAGAUCCUGAGACUGUCAUUGAACAAAUCGUUAACUUCGCCGGCUCGGAGUUGAGCAGCGUAGUCACUGGCCUGAUUCAACACUGUUUCGUUUUGCUCAAAUCGGCAGCGCCUCCUUCAACCGUUAAUGGCCUUUUUGGGGCUCAAAAUCGUUGUGGAGCUGGUGCCGCUAAAACGCGUCGAGCUCUCCCAGCCCGUAAAUUCGUUCAGCAGCAGCAACAACAACAACAACAGAUGAACAGCGUCUCCUCAUCGCCUUCAAACCUCUCUCCCAAAUCUCGUAUCUCUCGACUCGCUAUCAAUGCUCUCACCGAAAUCUUCCAGGCUGGUCUAAUUGCUCUCUUUUCCUUUAGAAGAAGAUGCUUAAACAAUUUUCCGGAGUUUCGUGAGGAUAUUGUAGCCACUGCACUGAAUCGAAUUUGGGCGCAACCUACCAAACCUGUAUGCUUCCAAAUGACUGAACUGAUUGGUGAGUUGGCAGCUCUCUGUCCGGUGGAGUUCGCUGAAUCAGCUUCGGAACCACUCUCUCGCAUUUUUGAUUGUCUUGGAGUCUUCCCUUUGGAGGUCUCCACCGCCUUACUUCAUGCCCUCCUGCCCCUAUUCGUGGUAUCUGUUGCCAAAACCGAUUCGAACAAUGCAGCGAAAGGCAUGACCGCUCUGGCCGAACUUCAGUUGCGCGUAAUCACGACUCUUCGUAAAAUGGCCACCACUUACUCUGUCCCAGUGCGUCGUAUUGCUGUAGCUGGGUUCAUCUCCCUACUGAAAAACCUUCGAGUGAGAAGCUCCAAUUUCCGCACCGCUUCGCAGCAGUCAUGGUCAAUGAGUUCUCAAAGUGAGGCUAGUAGCCAAUCUUGGUUUAAUUCAAUCGCCACUUUCUCCCAAGUACCCACUAGUGAUGCCUUUCUCCUUUUCUCACAAAUUAAAAGCACGCAGGUGGCUCAAGCCGUUACGAAGUUGCCGUCAAACCUAGAACGAAACGAGUCUCUCUGCACUGAGAUUGUGAGCUUGCUCCAUCGAUUAAUUAAUUCCACAUUCUUUGGAGGUACAUCUGGAAGCCUUCUCAGUGACCCUUCUGCUCUAGUGAAGUCAGAUAUCUACUGGGGUCUCUGCGAGGUGGCAGUUUCGAAUCGUGGUCUAGUAGGGCCUGUUCUGACCCUCUUCACUCGUCUUCUCUCCGCUUGUAUCGAACCAGCUCUGUCAAACUAUAAACCUAUCUUCAAAGAUGGCGCAUUUAUCCUUCCGCAGGCUGUUACAGCUGUUCCAUUGAAGUUGAGUCAACUAAUUUCCAUUGGAAGUGGGUCUGAGUCCGAACUCUGUUAUCGUGAUCAUCCGGAGAUUUUGGUAUGGUGUCUUCAAAUCCUUCUUAGCUUACCACUCUUGCGUCAUCAUUGGACACGUUUCGGAAGUUCCUUUGUCCAACCAGGAUCUAGUUUAACGUCAGGCUCUAGUCAGUUCACUCAAACCUCAAAUAGCAUUCUUCUUUCCCAAUCUGCACUUCUUUGCGGAUCAUUUGGUCUUUCAAUGAGGAUAUUCAAUCGAGCAGCAAGUCUCUUGCUGAAUCUUUGUGCUUCUCUGCGAGAAACCGCUCUGGAUGAAUUCGGUUUGACACCAGAUAUUGAUUUGGGCUCAAGUCCAGCUGGUCAGGCAAAUCGAGCCCGUUUAAUGGUGCUUUUAGGGCUCUAUGAUGCGUGCUUGGAAUUUGAGGCAAAGAAUUUGCUUAAUACAGUUACGGAUUCUGGCGCUACUUGGUCUCACCUAAAACGUUUGUUCUCGCGCCGUGAAGCUGCACGUAAAUUGUUCUUCCGCAUCUCUGACAAAGAUGAGGAGGAACAGCUCAAAGCAGACGAAACAUUGGCCACAAACAGUGUUUCUACCCCAGCUAAUGAAGUCAGUACAAACCUCUGCUUCGUAGGCACAUCGGAGGGUCGCCUACGAGGUGCUCUCUUGGUCUCCGGCCUGAGAUCGAUUGUUGCAGCCCUUCCGAGGGCUUUGCUAUCCGCGUCGACGGCGCCGGCGUUCGCCUUGCAACUCCUUCAGACUACUUGCGCUCGGCUUGCAGAAUUGACAGCAGGAGUCAACUCUCAACAACAGUCUCUACUAUCUGUGGUUUAUCGAUCGACAUUCGUUCGAAUUGUGGCCAGAAUUUUGCGUCUCGCAAUUCGUUUCUAUGCAUCCUACCUUGACGACGUGGAGGGUGAAGAAACGCAGGCAAAAUCAUCAUCCCUAUCUUCAACAGCUACAACUGCUCUCCAGACCUGCGCUCUUUGCUUCUCGGUUGUCGCGGACAGUCUUGGAAGUAAACGCCUCCUCACUUUAGUUACUGAGCUACAUUCCGUUGCGUUGGACCCAAAACCACUCUCGGAGGACGAUGCAGAUUGUGGAAAUGGAGAGGAAAUAGUGGAACCCAAAAUUAAUGAAAGUAACAUUGAAAUUGAACCCUCGGCGUCAGAACAAAUCGUGACCAAUCAAUCCCGUGCUUUGACUUCACUUGUGAAACUAUUUAAAGGCUGGGUGACCCGUGUUCUAAACCUCACAUCUUCUUCACUUGGUGUUGAUUCGCCUGACCAAUCGAUGAGCAGACUCUUGGCUAAUACCCCACGAGGUUCUUGUUGUCUUAUUACGGAUCUUACGAUCCUUCUCCCAACGCUUAUUCGUCUUUGUGAAGCACGUACUAAUGUUCUGUCUGCAUCUUCUGCUGCCAGCAGUGUCACCUCCUCAUCAACCGUUCAACAUCCCGAUUUCUCUGGCCUUGAUCGGGUACUGGUCUGGCUACUUCGUCUUAUAACCUCGAAUGAGGUAUUUGAAGGCAAGGCAGGAGUACAAGUUGGUUCUCAGACAAUGCGCCUAACGUUACACUUGGCCCGUCUGCUUGGUUCAGCCAAUUCUGCUGGUACUUCUAAUGUGGGACAGCGUCGUUCUUCGGCGGGUAUAUCAUCUCUUUCUGAAUUAACUUGGGAUGAUAUAAUCGUUCUACUCGCCACUGAUAUUCGCACCACGCUUGGUAGCAUUGAAAAUGAUGUAUCCGAAUCAGGAACUCGUUCAAGCGGCUCAUCUGCUUCUUCAUCUCAUGUCAAAACAUCAAAAUUAGAAAGGAAGUCAAUGAAGAUAACAUUCCCAAUGUUGCGUUGCAGAAGUGCUGUCAAUUCACUAUUCCAAAUUCUAAUGCCUGCCCUUGCACAAGCUCUUGAUGACCUCUCCUGGUUGGUAGCGAGUGUCAAUCAGGAAGUCCAACGAGAUAUUCUUGAAAGUGGUCUUUUCGUGGCCGCCCCAAAAAGUAGCAAUACCAUCUUCACAAAUCUGCCAGACGCGAGAAGGGCACGUGAAUUAGCCAUUUGCGAUAUGCUCCUCACUUUUGGUGAGGUUCUCGAUGAACUUUUACAAACUUCGAUUCAGCCAGCAUUUGCCUACGAAGUCAUAAGGCUUACCACUGGUUUCUUCGACCUACUUGGCAAGCUUACCAAACAUGCAAGUCUUUACUUGUAUUACUCUACUUAUCUACCUUCAUAUCUUUCACUGAUUCAGCGAAACUGUGGAACAUUCCCUUCCACAUUUGAGCGAGUGGUGCGUCUUUUCGGGCGCCAGGUUUCACCCCAUUCCUAUACGUUUGUCUACUUUAUUCAGGUUCGAGAGGCGGAAAACCUGGAGGUGAAGCCACCAAAAAGAGCGAAAACAGACAGCACAUUUGUGAAGCCCAAGAAUCCGGCUCCAUCCAAAACAAUGAUUUCUCGCAAUUUGAAGGAUGCCAAAUUGAUCCCCCAGUUAAUCUUCGCUGUUGAACAAUACGAGAGUCUUCUCUCUACUCUUUCCAAGAAGUCCAAGGUCCCUUUAAUCGAUAACAUCCGUAUGGGUCUUUCGAGGGACUUCCGUAUCAACCAGUCCUCCGCUUUGGCUAUUCUGGAGGCUGAAACUGAAGCAGCUCCUGAUCCACUGGAUGCAGAAUUACCUCCACUCAGUGAGCCAGGAACCCAAUACAACGAGGGGAUUGAAGAGGGAGACGAAGAUGAGGAGGAGGAGGAUGAAGAAGCAAUUGCUGAUACGGAUAACGAGGAGUCGGCGGAUUUAGACGAGGAGACUGGUGGACUCCGACUCUCAACUCCGGGCCAGAAAAGACCUAUCUUCCGUGUAAAAUAUCAUUCUAGAAAGUGA